AUGUCAGGUCUAACGGCGGAUCAAUUCACGAAAAUGCCGCCCGAUACAUCUCCCCAGGGUCUUCUCGAGCACCCAUUUUUACGACUUGGCCAAGAUUCGUGGUAUUUGUCGCACCUCGGGUUGUUACACUCUUAUUAUCUCCAGACCCAGCCACAAGUCGGAUCUUCAGAAGGGGAGGAAACGGGAAAUGAAGAGAACAGCAGCGAAUCCGAGAACUCUAUUGGAGAGGCUAACUAG